AUCUGACAGCCCCCCGCCCCACCCCAAAUAUAAUUAUUAUGGGAAGUUAGCAGGAGAAGCCCCCCCCCUUUCACCCUCAUCUCAUGGUGAACCUCAUGUGGUCGGAGCUGCUGCAGGAUGAGCGCCCCAAGGCGGCUGCAGGCGGCGGCCCCACCGGCAGCAGCCCGGAGAAAAUGUUCGAAGGCUCCCGGCGGCUCCGCAGCUUGUGGGACGGGGUGAGGCUGGAGGUGGCCGCCGAGAGCGCCAGCCCCGUCGUGUUGCACAGCUUCACGCAGCUCGAUCCGGACCUGCCCCCGCUGCUGGAGAGCUCCACCCAGGAGAUCGGAGAAGAGGUGGAAAAUGGCGUGAUCUACAGCAUUUCGCUCCGGAAAGUCCAGCUUCACCACACGGCCAACAAGGGACAGCGAUGGCUCGGGUUCGAAAACGAGUCGGCCUUGAACCUCUACGAGACGUGUAAGGUGCGGACGAUCAAAGCCGGGUCCCUGGAGAAGCUGGUGGAGUACUUGGUCUCCGCGUUCAAAGGCAACGACUCCACGUACGUCACCAUCUUCCUGUGUACCUACCGGGCCUUUGCCACGACAAAGCAGGUGCUGGAUCUCCUCUUGAACAGAUAUGGGAAGCUUCACCUGCAGGCAAACGGACAGCACCCCCGGCAUGCCGUGGAUGAGAGACAAGAGCUGAAGAACACCAUCUCAUCCAUCCUGGGGGCCUGGUUGGACCAGUACUCAGAGGACUUCCGCAAGCCGCCCGACUUCGCCUGCCUCAAGCAGCUCAUCUUUUACGUGCAGCACAACAUCCCCGGGUCGGACCUGGAGCGGCGAGCGCGCAUCCUCUUCACGCAGUUCCAGCACCAGGGGCGCGCCGAGGCGGAGGCGGACGUCGUGGACCACGCCAGCUGCACCCUGCGGCUGGACGAGGAAAACGGGCUGAGCGAAGGCAAGUUGGAAUUCCUCACCUUCUCCCCAGAGAUGGCAGCCGAACAGUUCACCCUGAUGGAUGCUGAGCUCUUCAAGAAAGUGGUGCCUUAUCACUGCCUGGGCUGCAUUUGGUCCCAGCGGGACAAGAAAGGCAAAGAGCACCUGGCCCCCACCAUCCGGGCUACCGUCUCUCAGUUCAAUAGCGUCACCAACUGCGUCAUCGCCACUUGCCUCGGGGACCGGACCCUGAAGCCGCAGCACAGAGCCAAGGUGGUGGAGCGCUGGAUCGAAGUCGCUCGGGAAUGCCGGAUCUUAAAGAAUUUCUCCUCCCUCCGAGCCAUCCUCUCAGCCCUGCAGUGCAAUGCGGUUCACAGGCUGAAGAAGACGUGGGACGAGGUGUCGCGGGAGAGCUUCCGCACUUUCCAUGAGCUCUCAGAAAUCUUUUCGGACGAGAAUAACCACUCAUUGAGUCGAGAGCUCCUCAUUAAGGAGGGGACGUCCAAGUUCGCCACGCUGGAGAUAAACCCAAAGAGAGCUCAGAAACGGCAGCAGCAGCAGCGAGAAAUGGGCGUCAUGCAAGGAACCAUCCCUUACCUGGGCACCUUCCUCACCGACUUAGUGAUGCUGGACACCGCCAUGAAGGAUUACCUGGAAGGAGGCCUGAUCAAUUUUGAAAAAAGGCGGAAGGAAUUCGAAGUCAUCGCCCAGAUCAAACUGCUCCAGUCGGCCUGCAACAACUACAGCUUCACGCAGGAAGACCGCUUCGUGGCCUGGUUCCGCGGCAUGGAGCGGCUGAGCGAGACGGAGAGCUACGGCCUCUCGUGCGAAAUCGAGCCCCUGUCGGAGUCAGCCAGUAACACCCUGAAGGCCAAGAAAAACGCGGGCAUCAUCAAGCGCUGGAGCGACCGGCAGGCGCCCAGCACCGAGUCCUGCGCCAGCGGCAGCUCCCACUCCAAGUCCUUCGACCAGCUCAAGUGCGGGCCCUACCUGUGCAGCGGGGACACGGCCGACUCGGUCAGCGUCACCUCGGCCGGCUCCAGCAGCUCCGACGUGGAAGAGAUCAACAUCAGCUUCAUCCCCGACUCCCCCGAGGGCCAAGAGAAGAAGGUACAAGACAGCGACGGCUCGCUGGAACCCGCUCGCGUCCAGGGGCCCAGGCGGCAGUUCUGGGAGUCCACCUCGCUGUCCUCCCUGGAUACGUCCGGCAUCGGCUCCAGCUCCAGCAGCGCCUCGUCCUCCUCCGUCUCCUCCACGCCGGUGACGGCCUCCCGCACCCACAAGCGCUCCGUCUCGGGCAUCUCCAGUUACUCCUCGCUCUCGCUGCCCCUCUACAACCAGCAAGUGGACGACUGCUGCAUCAUCCGCGUCAGUCUGGCCGUGGAGAACGGCAACAUGUACAAAAGCAUUCUGGUAACGAGCCAGGACAAAACGCCGGUUGUGAUCCGCAAGGCCAUGGCGAAACACAACCUGGAUGGGGACCGGCCGGAAGACUACGAGCUCAUUCAGAUCAUCUCGGAAGAAAGAGAGCUGAAGAUCCCCGACAACGCCAACGUCUUCUACGCCAUGAACUCUGCCGCCAAUUACGACUUUGUCCUCAAGAAGCAGGGCUUCUCCAAAGCCGUCAAGAUCAAGCACGGCUCCAGCUCCACGCUGCCGCGGAUGAAGCAGAAGGGCCUCAAGAUCGCCAAAGGCAUCUUCUGACCUCGGCUUCGCCCCUCGGCCGGGGGCGGGGGGCCGCCGAUCCUCUCCUGCCCGCCGGCCCGUCUUGAGUCACGCCGCUGGACGAGACGACAGAGGCAGCUGCUCUCCCACCGGCAGCCUCGCCCUUUCCUCCACGGAGGGCCGAACGCGGGGGGGGACGGAGGACAGCUCCAGAUACGAGACCCAUGAGGAGGAGAUCCUUUAGCAACCCCGUUGCUGUGCCGCGCUGCGCUGUGCUGGGGGCAGCCGGCCCUUGCCUUGAAUCAGGUCUACGUCUCUCUUUUUCUACGUGGAAGAUUUUUCACUUUCUCAACCAACCUGGCUGCCUGGAGCGAUCACCCACCUCUCUGCCUUAGGUGUCUUCGCGCGACGCCGACGCGCUUGGUGCUGCACAGGAAGGCCGUUCUCUCCAUCUGCCAGAGCAGCAGCCCAGGAGAAGAGACAACGGGGAGUUAGGGGAAAGGACACGGGCUCCGUCUGCUCCAGAUACACUCCUCCGGGGCCAAGCAAACCCCCUCUGCCUGGAAUCCUCGUCUGGGACCGUUACUGAAAUGCACUUUGCCCUCAGGGGAGGCAAAUUGGAAAGUUGGCAACCCCACCUGCAUUGCCUGCCACAGAAGUCUGCAAGGAGACUCCCCUCGAUCCUCGGCGUGGAUUUCCGCCACCGGUGGGUUCUUCUCUGUGCCAGAAUAGGUCACCCCGCUCGGACUCUUCAACUUCCUUUUUGUCUUUCGUUUUUUUAAGAGCGUGCACCAAAGAUCAAAUGGCAUCGUUUUCUUUGUAGGCAACCCCCCCCCCCCCUCCGCUAACCCGAUGGGGGCAGGAGCAAAAGAAGCCACUUUCUGUACAAACGUGUUGUAAAUAAAGACUUCAGUUUGGGUGGGAGAAGAGCAGGAAGGGGGAAGCCGAUGGCUCUGAAUGGUUAAAACGCCCCCCCUCCUCCUCCUCUUCCUCCCCCCAAUUCCUUUCACCUGUCAGAAGUGCCACUCUCGUAUUUUAACAGACUGGAAACUUGGACAACGAAAUAAGAGUCUGUGGACUUGUGGUCUGACGCGAUCAGAUUUUUAUAAAAAGAAGAAAAGAGGGAGGGGGGAAUCCCAAAUGAAAUUUACUCAUUUUUUUCUCUCCCUUCCCAAUAUUUAUUGCUUGUAAAUAGACUGGUUGGAUUUGUACAUUUUACUAACACUGUUUAAGGUCCAUUAGCGCAGUCACUUUUAUGCUCUCAAUUGCAAGGGAACUUUGCGUGUGUGUUUGAGUGUGUGUGUGCGUGCGUGCGUGAGAGAGAGAGAGAGAGAGAGAGAACGGGGAAGGCCAAAAAGCCCUUGUUUCGAACGGCGGUAGUUUUAAAAGAGGGGAUUUUUUUUGCUCAAGAGUUAAAAGCGCUUUAGCUGGGGCGGGGGGGAUGAUUUAAUUUCUUUUACCACUAAAGGGUCCGGGGUGGAGGAAGGAAGUGCCCUUUAAGCCACGGAAUCGGAACACUAAGGAACUACGAUUUUACCAACUGGAUUUGUCUCCACGCCCCAAACGUGCUUGCCCCCUUUGCUCUUUGAGCAAGUGAUGGGAUGGCUACCAGAGCCAGCAUGGGGCUAUGGCAAAACCGGGGCUCUCUUCUUGUUUGAGCCGUAUCCUGAAAGGUACCGAACUAGAUUCCUGACACUUCAGGACUUCUCUUCAACAGGUUUGGCGGUACUUUGAAAGCUCUUAGCUGGGAAGUUUUGUGUGUCUGUCCCCCCCCCCCCCAAGAACUAUGAGCGUCGAGCGGUGGGUGCCAGAAGUAUAAAUGUGGGGACGGAACACGCGUAGAUCACAAGGCUGAGAAUCUGCAGUGUUGCUUUGCAAUUGUUUUUUUAAAGAAUCUAAUGCUUUUCCUCACUCAGGACCCUCUAGAAAGGUGACGUUUCCCUGCCUGGAGGUCUGUUGCUACACAAGGUGCUCUGGAGUCUGUUUAAUUGAACCUCCCCCUCCCUCUAAAAAGCAUGUCCCCAAAGGCCAAGGGUUUCACUCUGCCUAUGACAGGAGUAAUAGUCUCCUUGAAGGCAGAGGUGAGGUGGCGCGCGUAUCUCCCGGUAUUUUUUCAGUCGCUUUCUGCGUGCUGGUCCCUUGUUCGUAGCUGAUUUCUCUUUCGUCUCUACUCCUUUUAGUUGCUUACCAACUCCGAAAAGAAAUACACACUACAACGCCCCUCACGUUGGCCUUCCUUUGUAGGACAGCAGCGUGGUCGUGUCUCUCUCGGAGGCUCCAAGCGCUGGGAUGCUUCCUAUCGCUGGUUCGUGUUGUGUUGUUUGCUCCUUGGCUGGGAGGAAGGCCCCCCUCCCAUGGCUUUUAUGGCCGGCGGUGGGGCUGCCCUCUGUGGAUCAGCCGGUGUAGAACCCUGCCCCAUAGAAGCGGCGAGGACCUGACCCCCUUGCCCAAAGGGCAAAAGCGUCUCUCAGCCACCACCACACGGGCCUGUGGCUGAUGUUUACAACAGCUGCCCCGAUGUGUCGCGCUCCAGAUCCCGGCAUUCCCAAUGGUCUAGAAUGCUGGGUGUUGUAGUCCGACACAUCUGGAGGGCAUCAGGUCAGGGGGGGAAGCGACUUCCACCACCUCCGCUCGGCCCUCCUCGCUGCAUUUGCACUUGGCCUGGAAGCUUUUUGUGACCGAUGAAAAGGGAACGGCUUUGGUUUCUCUCCACGUCCCCUCGGGCUCCGUCGGAGUCCAGGGCAUCCUUCGGCGGGUGUGUGAGUGAGCGAUUCCUGGAGGUGACUGUAGAUUUUGUACUGAUUUCCACGAAGUAGCACACACUACUCUGUGUGAUGUGCAAACAGCACUGUAAUUAGCCUUUUCAAUAAAAUCCCGAUGUUUUGAUA